AUGGCAGCGGCUAUUGCCAGCGGUUUGAUCCGGCAAAAGAGACAGGCACGGGAGCAACAUAUAGACCGACCCGCUGCCAACAGGCGGAGGAAAAGCCCCAGCAAGAACAAGGGUCUCUGCAAUGGGAACCUGGUUGACAUCUUCUCCAAAGUGAGAAUCUUCGGCCUCAGAAAGCGAAGACUACGGCGACAAGACCCACAGCUCAAGGGUAUUGUGACCAGGUUAUAUUGCAGGCAGGGAUACUACUUGCAAAUGAACCCAGAUGGAUCUCUGGAUGGGACCAAGGAUGACAGCAGUAAUUCUUCUUUGUUUAACCUCAUCCCUGUGGGUCUUCGAGUCGUCGCCAUUCAGUCGGUGAAGACAGGGUUAUACAUCGCCAUGAAUGGAGAAGGCCAUCUCUACACAUCGGAACUCUUCACAGCAGAAUGCAAGUUCAAAGAGUCGGUGUUUGAAAACUACUACGUGAUCUACUCGUCCAUGCUGUACCGGCAGCAGGAGUCGGGUCGCGCGUGGUUCCUGGGGCUCAACAAGGAGGGGCAGGCCAUGAAGGGGAAUCGAGUGAAGAAAACCAAACCAGCUGCUCACUUUCUACCCAAGCCAUUAGAAGUUGCUAUGUACAGAGAGCCAUCGUUGCAUGACGUUGGGGAGACGGCGCACAAGCCUGCCGCCGGUGUCCCUUCCAGCAAAAGCACAAACGAUCCCGCCGUCAUGAACGGGGGGAAGCCGGUCAGCAAACCCACCACCACCACCACCACCACCGCCGCCGCCACCACCGCGGCUACCGCUACCACCGCCGCCACCACCGCUACCCCGGCUGCCCCCGGUCCCGUCCCGACGCCCGCAGCCUCGUCAGCCCCCGCUCCCACCACCACUACCACGGCCGCCGCUAAACCUGCCACAUAG